AUGGGAAUAAUCCAAGGAGUGAACUGUUGGAAAACACGGUCUAUAUGCUACGGGAUGGCCACAUCAUCAUCUCUCGGCUGUUUAACGGCGGUGCUCGUACAACUGUGGUCGAUGCCUCCUUGGGAAGAUUUCGGAAUCCUGAUUUCUCUUGCAGCAAUAUUCUUGUCUUACGCUAUUCUGGUCGUGAGGUCAUUUUGCCUUCCAGUUCCGAAAAUUAAUAACGAUAGUCGCCGGAUGGGAGAAGAGACGUGGGCGUGCAUCACCGCCUCUUUUAUGAUCAUUAUGUUCAUGCAGUCGCGUGAAAUCCAAUCGGUACAGUUUGGUAUUUACAUGUUUGGGGUGUUGACUGGAGGCAUAGCGGUCAAGCAACUCAAUUGGCCGGCUCAAGAUGUUUACAUCCAACAUGUUGUCUUCACUGCUUUCUGGUCUUGUUUAAGUGGCGUUUUGGGUUACCUGCGACCUGUUCAGCCGGCUUACUCCGUCUUCGCUGCCUUGCUCUUUCUAGGUUUCUUUCUUAACUCCUACCUAUUGGAUCAGGCCCGACCCGUCACUGACUUUGUUCAUUCUCCGUCUCGUCGUUUUCGUGAUCUCGAUGUUUAG